UAACCAGAAAUCCCUUAAAAGGUAAGGACCAGUAAUCAGGCUGAGCUAAGCUCAUGGGUAGUACGAGACAGGCUUAAAGCACUGAAGGAAGAAAGAAGAGAACCCAAGCGUGAGAGAAAGCAAAACAAAACAAGUAAAGAGAGGAAGAAAAACAUUUCUAAAGCGGGGGUUGGCAGGAAGCCACCGCAAUUACAGCAGGUCAACCCUUGUCAAUAGCUGGUCACCUCAAGAACUUACCAUUAAAACCCUCGGCUACACAGACCCCACUUUUAAAAGGUUAUUAAUUCUGACAUGCCCAAGUUCAUCUGAGUUCCUUAGAAAGAGCAACCAGCAGCACCUACUUCACGACCUAUCCUCCAUUCCAUUCAAAUAACGCAGCCAAUAGGAAAAUCCUCCGCCCUGAGCCAACGACUCGGCGUAGCUGAGACAGCCCGGGAGGCAGAUCUGCGCUGUAGAGCCUUGUGGUUCCACUGCUGGCCUCCGGAUUCCCGGGAGCCCCCAGCCCGACAGGACAACCUUCCUUCCCCGCUUCCUCCUUUCCAGGUCUGUCCCAGCCCCCGCUGCCUGGGCCACACCCGCUUCCCUCCGGUGGCCCAGCCACCCCCGCCGCAGUUCGCGGGAGCGCUCUUCCUGGGGCGGGCGCAGGCCCAGGGCGCAUGCGCACUGGUCGAAGGGCGCCUCCCAGUCCCGAUCUCGCGAAGUUACGUUAGAUUGGCCGCCGGUGACGGGUGGCCGUGCUGGGGGCGGGAGGGCUUCUGUGGUAGGAAGGGAGGUCCGCUCGGCCGGGUGCGCCGCCCCAGUGCUCUGUGGGAUACUGGAAGUCUCGAGCGUCGGCUCCGGGUUCCCAGCCCUCCUCUGGCCCGCGCUCAUAGAAACAUUCACACACCCCCUGCCUCCCCUCUCUUCCCUCUCCGCCUCCCCCUUCCCCCCCUCGCGAUAAGAAGACCCGGCGGCAGGAGAGGGGAUGAAGAUGGCGGACGCGAAGCAGAAGCGGAACGAGCAGCUGAAACGCUGGAUCGGCUCCGAGACGGACCUCGAGCCUCCGGUGGUGAAGCGCCAGAAGACCAAGGUGAAGUUCGACGAUGGCGCCGUCUUCCUGGCUGCUUGCUCCAGCGGGGACACGGACGAGGUCCUCAAGCUGCUGCACCGCGGCGCCGACAUCAAUUACGCCAAUGUGGACGGACUCACUGCCCUGCACCAGGCUUGCAUUGAUGACAAUGUUGAUAUGGUGAAGUUUCUGGUAGAAAAUGGAGCAAAUAUUAAUCAACCUGAUAAUGAAGGCUGGAUACCACUACAUGCAGCAGCUUCCUGUGGAUAUCUUGAUAUUGCAGAGUUUUUGAUUGGUCAAGGAGCACAUGUAGGGGCUGUCAACAGUGAAGGAGAUACACCUUUAGAUAUUGCGGAGGAGGAGGCAAUGGAAGAGCUACUUCAAAAUGAAGUUAAUCGGCAAGGGGUUGAUAUAGAAGCAGCUCGAAAGGAAGAAGAACGGAUCAUGCUUAGAGAUGCCAGGCAGUGGCUAAAUAGUGGUCAUAUAAAUGAUGUCCGGCAUGCAAAAUCUGGAGGUACAGCACUUCACGUUGCAGCUGCUAAAGGCUAUACGGAAGUUUUAAAACUUUUAAUACAGGCAGGCUAUGAUGUUAAUAUUAAAGACUAUGAUGGCUGGACACCUCUUCAUGCUGCAGCUCAUUGGGGUAAAGAAGAAGCAUGUCGAAUUUUAGUGGACAAUCUGUGUGAUAUGGAGAUGGUCAACAAAGUGGGCCAAACAGCCUUUGAUGUAGCAGAUGAAGACAUUUUAGGAUAUUUAGAAGAGUUGCAAAAGAAACAAAAUCUGCUCCAUAGUGAAAAACGGGACAAGAAAUCUCCACUAAUUGAAUCAACAGCAAAUAUGGACAAUAAUCAGUCACAGAAGACCUUUAAAAACAAAGAGACGUUGAUUAUUGAACCAGAGAAAAAUGCAUCCCGUAUUGAAUCUCUGGAACAAGAAAAGGUUGAUGAAGAAGAAGAAGGAAAGAAGGAUGAGUCUAGCUGCUCUAGUGAAGAAGAUGAGGAAGAUGACUCGGAAUCAGAAGCUGAAACAGAUAAGACAAAACCCCUGGCUUCUGUAACUAAUGCCAACACUUCUAGUACACAAGCAGCUCCUGUAGCUGUUACAACACCUACUGUGUCAUCAGGUCAAGCAACACCUACAUCACCUAUUAAAAAGUAUGAUUUCAUUGCUCCUAUCAUGCCUGUGGUGGAAUCAGUAGAUCCUGCAUCAUGGAGGCAGGGCUUGCGCAAAACUGGCAUUGUUCUUGUGCCCAGUAAGGGUGAAAAAUCUAUGUUUCCAACCACAGCUACAAAAAUUUCUCCCAAAGAAGAAGAGAGAAAAGAUGAGUCUCCUGCAACUUGGAGGUUAGGACUUAGAAAGACGGGCAGCUAUGGUGCACUUGCUGAAAUCACAGCAUCUAAAGAGGGCCAGAAAGAAAAAGAUACUGCAGGUGUUACACGUUCAGCUUCAAGUCCCAGACUUUCCUCCUCUUUGGAUAAUAAAGAAAAGGAGAAAGAUAGUAAAGGAACUAGGCUUGCAUAUGUUGCACCUACAAUACCAAGACGACUAGCCAGUACAUCUGACAUUGAAGAGAAAGAAAACAGAGAUUCUUCAAGUUUGCGAACAAGUAGUUCAUAUACAAGGAGAAAAUGGGAAGAUGAUCUUAAAAAAAAUAGCUCAAUUAAUGAAGGAUCAACGUAUCAUAAAAGUUGCUCCUUUGGUAGAAGACAAGAUGAUUUGAUUAGUUCUAGUGUUCCAAGCACCACAUCAACACCAACAGUUACCUCUGCAGCUGGGCUUCAGAAAAGCCUGCUUUCCAGCACAAGCACUACUACAAAGAUUACAACGGGUUCUUCCUCAGCAGGCACACAAAGCAGUACCUCAAAUCGUUUGUGGGCUGAGGAUAGUACUGAAAAAGAAAAGGACAGUGUUCCUACGGCAGUGACCAUUCCUGUUGCUCCAACUGUUGUAAAUGCUGCAGCUUCUACCACAACCCUGACUACAACUACUGCUGGCACUGUCUCCUCCACAACAGAGGUCAGGGAGAGACGCAGAUCAUACCUCACUCCUGUUAGGGAUGAAGAGUCUGAAUCCCAAAGAAAAGCAAGAUCUAGACAAGCAAGACAAUCUAGAAGAUCAACACAGGGAGUGACAUUAACUGAUCUUCAAGAAGCUGAGAAAACAAUAGGAAGAAGUCGUUCUACCCGAACCAGAGAACAAGAAAAUGAAGAAAAAGAAAAAGAGGAAAAAGAAAAACAAGAUAAAGAGAAACAAGAAGAAAAGAAGGAGUCAGAAACAUCUAGAGAAGAUGAAUAUAAACAAAAGUACUCCAGAACGUAUGAUGAGACUUACCAGCGUUAUAGGCCAGUAUCAACUUCAAGUUCAACCACUCCAUCCUCUUCACUUUCUACUAUGAGCAGUUCACUCUAUGCUUCAAGUCAACUAAACAGGCCAAAUAGUCUUGUAGGCAUAACUUCUGCUUACUCCAGAGGAAUAACAAAAGAAAAUGAAAGAGAGGGAGAAAAAAGAGAAGAGGAGAAAGAAGGAGAAGAUAAAUCACAACCUAAAUCAAUCAGAGAACGACGACGACCAAGAGAGAAAAGAAGAUCUACAGGAGUUUCAUUUUGGACACAAGAUAGUGAUGAAAAUGAACAAGAACAACAAUCAGACACAGAAGAGGGAUCCAAUAAGAAAGAAACUCAGACGGAUUCCAUUUCUAGAUAUGAAACCAGUUCUACAUCAGCUGGUGAUCGAUAUGAUUCCUUGCUGGGUCGCUCUGGAUCAUACAGUUACUUAGAAGAAAGAAAACCUUACAGCAGCAGGCUAGAAAAGGAUGACUCAACUGACUUUAAAAAGCUUUAUGAACAAAUUCUAGCUGAAAAUGAAAAGCUGAAGGCACAGCUACAUGAUACAAAUAUGGAACUAACAGAUCUUAAAUUACAGUUGGAAAAGGCCACCCAGAGACAAGAAAGAUUUGCUGAUAGAUCACUGUUGGAAAUGGAAAAAAGGGAACGAAGAGCUCUAGAAAGAAGAAUAUCUGAAAUGGAAGAAGAGCUCAAAAUGUUACCAGACCUAAAAGCAGACAACCAGAGGCUAAAGGAUGAAAAUGGGGCCUUGAUCAGAGUUAUAAGCAAACUUUCCAAAUAAAAAAAAGAAAGAAAAAAGCAGCAAGUAAUGGAAUUGCACAUAUUAGUAACCCAGUGGACCAUAAUUGGCAGUCACUGGAAGUCUGGGAAGAAUCCUUGGAGACUGUCAUUUUCGGAUAUCCUGCCAAAUGCCCUCUUAUCUAGAAUUUUUGUUUCAUUUUGUUUAAUUUUCUGGGGUGUUUUUGUUGUUGUUGGUUUUUUUUUUUUUUUUUUAAUCAAGACCAUUGUUUCAUGUUAAUGCAGCUGCUGAGAAGAUUUUUUUUUAAUGACUGAGAAAACUUGUUUACAGCUCCAGCAUAUAAGGAAAGUGUUCAAGGCCAGAUAUGCCUCAGAUAUUUAACCAGUAAGCCUUAGUUGUACAUAAAUACUUUUGUGUCAACAAAAACUUUCAGCUCUCACAGAAGACAGUUACUCAACAUUUUUUGAUGUGCCACAGUUUCAAGUUUUUCGAUAUUUAAAUUUUUUGGCUUUUCAUCUAAGUUUGGGUUUGUAUUUUUUCCUUCUAAACUCUUCAUGUGGCAGAGUCUUCUAUGUUUUCACAGCUUUUUCAUUACAGAAAAGAACACUUGCUCUUCUGUGAUUAUUGUCAUGUAUUAGGCUAAUGCUGUGUUGUCUCCCACCUGGAACUGAAUUGCUUGGUGGAACAUAUGCUUUCACUGUUUGUGCAAUAUGCAUUUAUUUCUUAUAUGAAUGCUUUAAAGUCAUUUGAGAUUAGAUCUUUUAAUUCCUAUUUUCUGCUUCAUUGGUCACUUUUUUUUUAUUGUAGUAUAAGAUGUUAGAUUCUGUAAUCUUCACAUUCAUUUUAGCAGGUACUGAGUGAUGCUGUAUAUACAAAUAAGUGUAUUGUUUUGAUUUUUAGACCACCACAUGGCAUGCUUGACUAUUUCUUAUUUCAAAUGUCUGCUAAUGCAGAGUAGGCUACUCCAUGAUAGUGUUAAAAAACAAAAUUUGCUAACAAUGUGAUAUAAAGACUUUAAAAGUUACACAUUAUGUGGAGCCCUAUCUUUACAAAAGUUUCCUACUGUAAAGUGCUUUUAUUUUCAGUUUUCAUUUGAUAGUACUCAACCAUAAUUAAAGUUGCAUAAGAUAAUUGCUUUACAUUUCACAUACCUAUAUUUAUCUGAGUGCUGUCUAAAACUGUUGUGCUAGCCAAAGUAAUGCUAUGAAAUCAUUUGCAGAAUUAACCCGUGAGUUAAUGUUAAAUGCACUGUUAUUGCCAUGUGAAGAGGCAUCGACUUUGAUACCACCAUCAUGUUCAGACCAUUUUAUACAUUUCAGUGGCCUUUUUUUUUUUUUAAGGAAAAAAAAAGCGCAAAACCAAGUACAUAGUGACGAUGGCUUUUAUUUGGACAAAUAGCUUUUAUAUUUUCAUUAAACCAUGCAAAAAAUACUACAUCUUUCUGGCACAUAACUGUCUCCUUAACCACUGAACAGUUCAGCCAUUUGAAUAAAUUGUACAUUGUAAAGCUUAUAGUAGCUGAUUGUAUUAUUGAUUGUAUUGUAUACUAUAUUAAAUGUGAAUUUGUACCCCUUCAUUUUAAAAGGUCAUUGUGUUCUACUGCCUAUUUUAGAUUACUUUGGGGUUGGGGAAGGGUGUUUUGGUAAGCAGGAUUUUAAGUCCUCUCUCUCUUGAUUGGUUUUAUGAAGAUAUAAGGUUAUGCUCUUACUACCAAGCUCAGGAUUCUUGAUUUUAAAGGUACAAGGAUAGUUGUGGGAGUUUUAUUUUUGGUUAUAUUUGAACUGUAUGAAUGGUAGGUCUGAAUAUUGAGAAUUUCCAUGGUCUUAUGUGGAGGUAAAAUAUACAGAUAACUGAUCAGUUUGAGUGACUGCAACAUGUUCUGGUUGCACAACAGUUAGGCAUGCUAUGGUUUAUAUUUGUGAAGUUUGGAUGCCUGUGAAGAAUGAUUAAAUACAUGUUUCUAAUAUUUUAGUGUUUUGUAUUUAGGUUAUUUAUUCUUUGUAUCUAAAACUGAACAGCUACUGUGCUAUAUUGAUUUUAUUGGUAGUAUUGAGCAGACCUUGUUUCUGCAUGAAACUAGUUGCAAAACCCACUAUUUUGGAAAUAAAAAUGUAUUUUGACAUAUACAAAUAAAAUGAAUAAAACUAUUUUAAAUGUGUGAACUUUUAAUGAAGACAUUUUAAAUUUUGUUCUGAGAUAUUUAAAUUCUGCAUGGGUAUUUUUUCACUAAUUGCUUUACUUGGAUACCAAUUUGAAUAAUUUCUGAAAUUGUAAUAUUGUGAUAAUUUGCACAGCAUUGUACAUGCACAUCUGUAAAUGCAAUCUUAAUUGCCAUAUUUAUGCAAUCUGUGUACCAAUUUGGACAAAUGUUUAUAUAUUUUACAUAAAGCUGUCUGUAUGCAGAAUCUGAGAA